AUGGAUAGAGCCAUCCAGCGUACUUCGAGUCCUGUCGUCGCCUCGAUCGUGUUACAGGAGGCUCCUAGGAUGAACUCAAUAGCGGGGAUUGGUCUAAAACAGGCCAACUCGACGAAUCAUGAUUUGUGUAUUCCUCCCCUGAAACCAGAGCAAGGUGACGCGAAAAAUCAUGAAUGGGUUGGGGCAGUGGAGGAGGCUUCGAGCCAAAUUGGAACCAUGGGAGAGUUCCUGGAGGUUUCAGGAACGUGUGGCGGCCCUCAAUUCGACUCGACGCUGCGGAAAUAA